GCAAGCUUUUGAAUGAGAUCUAAACAAUAUAUUGGUAUAGAAUACAAUUAACUAAAUUGUUAAAAGAAUGUCAAUUAACCAAUUGUUUGUUUAAAUGUGAUUCAGUGUUUAACAAAAGAUAUGUUGGAUUAGUACAAUGAUAGACAGUGCAGAAUUAUACAGGGUACAGGUUUCAUGCCAUCUCAAAAGAACGAAAUGGAAGACAAACAAGCAGAGCUUAAGAAGUAUCCUUCAACUUUUGAUGUGUUUGAAAACCUUCCAGUUAGUACUGAAGACAUUAGGAAAAUAAAAGUCAAACUUCUAAUUGAUGAAAAGUCUGAAGAAUAUGAUACAGAAAUGGAAAUGCAUAGAAUAUGGAAUUUGAUUUCUUUCUUAUGCUUUGUUCUUCAAGAUCAUACUGGGGCAGAGAAAUACGUCGAAAAGGUGUUGAAGAGUGAUUCUGGCAACAUGAUUGCUCUAUCUAAUAAAACAUGGUUCUUCCUCAAACAAUGCAGCAUAAACCAGCAGUUUGAAGAAAACUGUAAGAAAUUAGAAAGACUAAAGAAGAACAACUUUGCCUGUUUAGUCGCGAAAGCUGAAAUUGCGUUUACGUACUCACGUCUCGGUGUCAAAAGAUACGAUAAGGCUAAAUCGUUGUAUAAGAAUGUCAUUGAUGAAUGCGAUGAAAUUAUGGCAAAAGAUGAAACCAAAGAUACCAAGCGUCUAAAAAGUUACCUUUGUGUUUGGAUGUUUGGUUACGCACUUGUAGAGAAAAGACUUUUGAAUUUUAGUAACACAUUUGACGAGACUAAGAUUGAUCUUUCUGCUGAUAACUAUAAGCGUGUGAUAGAGCUUUACUGUAGAAUUAUACAACAGGAAAAAUGCAGCAACUGUAUCAGAAGAUAUCAAGCCAGGUCGCUUGUUGAUAUAGGUUUACUUACAUACAACAUGCAGACAACGGCACAAAGUGAUACAUCGAGUAUAUAUCCAGACAACGUGGAUCUUCCAGAACAAACAGAGGAUUUUUUUACGACCGCUUUCAAAAUUUUUCCAGAUGACGUUUACGUUCUCGAAAAAAGUGGCCAGUAUUACAGAUAUGCUAGAAAUAUUGAACGUUCUAUACAACUACUGGAAAAGGCAAUCAAAAUUAAAGGCACAUCUCAUGCUUACCAUCAUCUUGCCUUGUCCAAGAAAAGAAAACUUGAUAUCGAUAUUGGAAAUUGUAAGAGUAGGAUAUUCAAGUCAUCGUUUACACAGAACAAACCGAGGACAAUGACAUUUGUUAAGUCACCUCUAAAGCAAAAACCAAUCGAUUAUAGGAAGAAUAAAAUUGUUGCUGACGAGAUUAUACGGUGCUUUGAAAAGUCCAUUGAAAUAUCAUUCAACACGGCAGCAAUAUAUGACAAAGGUUUAUUUUACAGACAGCUGGGGAUGCUAGAUAAAGCUCUUGAAUCAUUCGAAUAUUUGAUUAGAAAUGAAGAAGGUCAUUCCUCGCGCUUAGAUAUGGCUAAUGCUUUUGAACAAGCAGGACUUUGUCUUAGUCAAAUGCUUGAACAGGAAUGUAGAAAAGAACAAAGAAAAGGCUUAGAAACAAAGAAGAAGAUGUAUAUAAAAAGUUCAAUAGAAAUAUCAUGUAGAGUAGCUGCAAACAUUCCUGCGCUUAAAAGUUGUUGGAAAUCCUACUCAACAUUAAAAUCACUUAUUGGUGAAGCAAGCACGAAAGAAAAUAAAAAAGACCUUCUUUUCCUGUAUGAAAAAAUGGAGAGACAUCAUGAGGCACUUGAAGUACUCAACGAAUUAGAAGGAUUCCCACAGACUAAAGAUGAACGCGUUACAAUAUUGAAAGAAAAAGUGAAAACAUACACCACUUUAGGUUUGUACGAUGAUGCAGUGCUAACUUUUAGCAGGAUGCCAAAUGCGCUUGAUACAAUAGGUGAAGAUAUGUACUUGCAAAUGUAUGUUGAAGCCGGAAUAGAUGCUUUAAAGAAGGGAAAUGACUGGACAGCACGAAAUCGUAUUCAUAGCGCACUUGAAAUAGGAAAUAGAAACAAGACCAAUGAAGACAAUUCCACGUCAAAUGAUGCUUCAACUGAAGAAAGAUAUGACAUAUUCAUUUUAUGUAAUGCCGACGACGAAGAGAAUGGUAAGAAACUAAUGGAUAUCAUGAUUCGAAUGGGACUGCAAACAACACUCAACACAGAUAGACUACUUCCGGGAACUUCCAUGCUUUCGGGUAUGACAGAUGAAAUGAAGAAGGCGAAUCAUUUUAUGAUUAUAUUUGAUUUUGACGCUGAUGAUAAGAGUGUAGCAAACCGUAUGAGACAUUUAACGGAACGACUACAAUCAAUCGUUGAAGCUAGGGAACCUGGAUCAAGUACCAUAAUUGUUAUAAAGGCAAUAACCUGUGAUAUGGUCCCUGAUAUGUUUCUUGGUUAUAAAACAAUCGACAUGGAACUUCAUACUGUCCCCGUGGACUUCACCAAGAAUGAAACUGCUUGUAAAAGUGUGAAAGAAUUAUUAAUAGCCAUUUACUCAACUUCCUGAACUUUGAUUGAUUUAGAGAGAAACAUUCGAUUUUAAAGUACGUCAGCUAGCAGGGCUUUAACAGGCAUUUUAUUGAAAUUGACGUAUAACAGCAGUAUCACAUUAAUCAUUUUAAAAGUCUUUAUCUAAGGUUACACAGAACAUUUCACUGACAUGAAGCAUAAUAUUGAUCAAUAUAGCUUUACAAGCCCUUUAUUAUAGACACAUCUGAUUCUCCGAGACAUAGUUUGUUGUCGUUUCAACGUCAAUCAUGUUCAAGAGUUUUGACAUUUUAGCGAGAAAGAUUUUUUGCUGUGUUCUAUGCUUCCAAAGGAUAUUUUGUCAGAUUUCAUUUACUAUCAUAAUAGCCAUAAUAGAAUUCUGUAUGUGCUGUGUGUCGACUGUAAAAGGUAUGCCAGUACUCGGACCCAAUUAGGGAUUGCGGAGAACAAUCUACUUUACUAUAAUGAGUACAGCCUAAGCCGGUGCUAGGGGACGUGAAAGGUUUUGUACUUUUCAUGACCCCCUCAUGAACAGACUCAUGAAACGAGUCUGUUAUUAUGUUUCUUGAUUGCGUUUUAUGCUUCCAAAUGAUAUUUUGAUAGAUUUCUUAAAACAUAAUAUACAAUACUUUUUUUUUUGUAAAUGAACUACAUUUCUUAACACAGUUGGGUGAAACAAUGUUGAAUAUAUUUUCAAAACUUGCAAGAAUAUCGACAUCGUUGAGCUUUUAGUUUUUAUUUAUAGUUUAAAUAGUCAAAUUCCUAAUCAGCAACUAAGGACCUUUAAAUCUUUGACCCGCUUACUGUUUUAUUUUGCGAGGUUAUGCAGUAUUUAUUCAGUAAAUCCAUUAAGUUGAUCAUUCAGUUUGCGGAUAUGGGGUAACUGAUGGUAACGUACAGUUUUACUUGUAUUAUUCUAUAUCCUAUAUAUACAACAAUAUAAGAUAAUCAAGGAGUGUGAGAGCAUUUAUUUGGCUUUUAAAUAUUGUGUGGUAAUGGCAAUUUGAUAAAAAAAAUGUCUGCCAGAUUUGACGAGUUAUGUGUUUAUUGAGUAAAAUAUUUAUCUGAUUCUCAGUACAGUAAAUACACCAUAAACCUAUGUAUUUCGUGUCUGCAUAGAUGCUUAAGUGUAGCUGUUUUUUUUUGUCAAAACGCCAGUACUCAUAUACAUACAUUAUUUUUGCUUUGAAUAAGUUUACCAACACAAGUAGUUGAAAAGAAACGACAGGCGCACGUGUUAACAGUGUAGGAUAGUUGGUAAGAUAUCAAAAUUGCACACUAUGAAAUGUUUAAGUUGAUAACUAUGUUUUAUUUAUCACGUUGGAAAAUACUUUUAUGAAGACCUUUCAUGUUCACGACGCGUGCAGUUUUUGUAUGAAAUGCAUUUUAAUACACAGUGUUAUAUUUCAGAUUAAACUGAGAGAUUUAUACACAUUAAACAUGCUAGUUUGACAGAACUUUGGCAGAAAUAUUAAAGUACAAUAGAUUUUUAUUACAUUAACUAAGCUUUUAAAUUACGAUAUAUUAACAUAAAUUACACAUAUUGUAGAGAUAGAACCUAAGAUUUUCAAUCACAGAAACAUAUUGAAUAAAGAUUAGAAAUUGA